AUGAUUGGAUUAAGAUCAAUUUCAAAGAAUAAACAAACAAUAAAUUCAAUUUCAAAGAGUUUUUAUUGUACAUCAUCACCAUCAUCAUCAAGUGUAAAAUUAAGUGUAACAAGAUUAAUUGAUGGAUAUAGAGCACAUGGUCAUUUAGCAGCAAAUAUUGAUCCAUUAGCAAGAAUGGAAAGAAUUAGAAGUCAAUUAUUAGAUUUAGAUCGUUAUAAUUUAGUUAAAGGUCAAUCAAUUCCAUCAACUAUUGAUUUAAUUAAUCAAGAUUUAACCAACCUUGAUCAAGUUGUUAGUUUUCUUGAAAAUGCAUAUUGUAAUGAUGUUACAGCACAAUUUGAUCAUAUUGAAUCGAUUGAAGAAAAAGCAUGGCUCUAUGAAAAGUUUGAACAAUUACAACAUCAAAAUCCAUCAAAAUCUGAAAAAAUUAAUAUUUUAAAAAAUUUAAUUAAAUCUGAAAUUUUUGAUCAAUUUAUGCAAAAGAAAUUUCCAACUUUUAAAAGAUAUGGUUUAGAAGGUAAUGAAAGUAUGAUGGUAUCAUGUGAUUCAAUUUUUAGAGAAUCAGCAAAGAAUCAAUUAAAGAAUGUUGUAAUUGGUAUGCCACAUAGAGGUAGAUUAAAUUUAUUAGUACAAAUGUGUAAUUAUCCAGCAAAAGAUUUCUUUUGGAAAGUUAAAGGUAAUUCUGAAUUUUCAGAGGGUAUUUUAGGUGUUGGUGAUGUGACAAGUCAUAUUGCAGUUAGUACAGAUUUACAAUUUAAUAACAAUAAAGAGAGUGUACAUGUAUCAUUAAUUCAUAAUCCAUCACAUUUGGAGGCUGUAGAUCCUGUAGCAGCAGGUAAAACACGUGCAAAACAAUUUUAUGAAAAGAAUGAAGGUGGUUCAGAAUCAUUGUGUUUAAUGUUACAUGGUGAUGCAGCAGUUGCAGGUCAAGGUGUUGUAACUGAAACACUCCAGCUAUCUCAAUUGUCUGGAUUCAACAUUGGUGGUUGUGUACAUGUGAUUGUAAAUAAUCAAAUUGGGUUCACAACCGUUCCAACCAAUGGUAGAUCCAAUCGUUACAGUUCCGAUAUUGGUAAAUUCAUUGGUGCACCAAUCAUUGUAGUAAAUUCACAAUCACCAGAACAAGUUGAAAAAGUUUCGAGAUUGGCCGUUGAAUAUCGUCAAAAAUUCAAAAAGGAUAUAAUCAUUGAUUUAAUUGGAUGGAGAAAGUUUGGUCAUAAUGAAGUCGAUGAGCCAUCAUUCACUCAACCAACAAUGUAUCAAAAUAUUCGUAAACGUCAAUCUAUUCCACAAAAAUAUGCAACUCAAAUCAUUAGUCAAGGUAUCUUUAGUGAGCAAGAGUUGUUGGAAUUCACUCAAAAGGAACAAGCCAUUCUCGAAGAACAAUUCCAAUUAUCAACACCAGAGAAUUUCAAAUACUCACCAAUGGAUCAUUUACAAGGUAAAUGGAGUGGUUUAAUCCAAUCAAAGCAUAUUGCAGAUGAUAGUAAACUUGAUACAGGUUAUUCAGUUGAGGAGUUGAGCGAGAUUGCCAAUGACUCUGUAAAGGUUCCAUCGGAUUUCCAAGUUCAUCAAAGAUUACUUCGUUCUUUCUCAAAUGCAAGAUUAGAAAAGUUAAAACAAAACCAAGCAGAUUGGGCUACCGCAGAGUCUAUGGCAGUGGGUUCAUUAAUGAAACAAGGUUACAAUGUUAGAAUCUCUGGUCAAGACGUUGGUAGAGGUACUUUCUCUCAAAGACAUUUCAAUUUAACCGAACAAAAUUCUGACCGUAUAUAUCAACCAUUGAAUAACAUGGGUGCCAAAGGUGAAUUGGAUGUUGUAAAUAGUAAUCUUUCAGAGUUUGCCGUACUUUGCUAUGAGUAUGGCUAUUCAUUGGAGUCACCAGAUACACUACCAAUUUGGGAGGCACAAUUUGGUGAUUUCAUCAAUGGUGCUCAAAUCGCAAUCGAUCAAUUCGUUACAAGUGGUGAAUCUAAAUGGUUACGUCAAAGUGGUAUUGUCAUUCUUUUACCUCACGGUUUCGACGGUGCCGGUCCAGAGCAUUCAAGUUGUCGUAUUGAACGUUUCCUUCAAUUGAGUGAUACCGAAGCUGUAAAUGUCAAAGACGAUACAUUAAUCAAUCAAGAGACAAACUUUUACUUUAUCAAUCCUUCAACUCCUGCAAAUUAUUUCCAUGCACUUCGUAGACAAAUGAUUAGAAACUAUCGUAAACCAUUGAUUGUCGCUGGUCCAAAAGUAUUAUUACGUCAUCCAAAUUGUUUCUCAACUUUAAAUGAAAUGGCACCAGGAACUCAUUUCCAAACAGUUUUAUCCGAUCCUGAUACCAUCAAUAACGCAUCCACAAUUAAACGUGUCAUCUUUUGUAGUGGUAAAGUAUUCUAUGACCUCCAAGAGGAAAGAAAAGCAAAGAAUUUCAAUGAUGUAGCAAUCAUUCGUCUUGAACAAAUCGCUCCAUUCCCAUAUCAACGUAUUCAAGAAGAAAUCAAUCGUUAUUCAAACGCUACUAAAUUCGCUUGGGUUCAAGAAGAACAACAAAAUGGUGGUUGUUGGUCAUUCGUUGAACCACGUUUCAAACAACGUUAUCCACAAACUUCUCAAAUUAAAUAUAUUGGUAGACCACCUUUAGCUGCUUCUGCAAUUGGUAUCUCUUCAAUUCAUAAAAAAGAAGUUUCUCAAUUAUUAAUUGAUGCUUUUAAUUUUUAA